AUGAAUUACCAGAAGCACAAUAAUGGUGCUUUUCGGCGUUCGGUGCUGUACUCGCCCUCCGACCCGCUGACGCUGCUGCAGGCGGACACGCUGCGCGGCGCCGUGCUGGGCUCCCGCAGCGCCUGGGCGGUGGAAUUCUUCGCCUCCUGGUGCGGCCACUGCAUCGCCUUCGCCCCGACGUGGAAGGCGCUGGCCAACGACAUCAAAGAUUGGAGGCCGGCACUGCAUAUCGCUGCGCUGGACUGUGCUGAUGAGACCAACAACGCCGUCUGCAGAGACUUCAACAUCCUCGGCUUCCCGACUGUGCGGUUCUUCAAGGCCUUCACCAAGAAUGGAUCGGGGACACACCUGCCAGUGGUUGGGGCAGAUGUGCAGACACUGCGGGAGCGGCUCAUCGAUGCCCUGGAGACUCACCGUGACACGUGGCCCCCAGCCUGCCCCCCACUGGAGCCUGCCAGGCUGGAGGAGAUUAAUGGAUUCUUUGCAAGAAACAAUGAAGAGUACCUGGCCCUGAUCUUUGAAAAGGAAGGCUCCUAUCUGGGUAGAGAGGUGACGCUGGACCUGACCCAGUACCGGGGCGUGGCCGUGCGCAGGGUCCUGAGCACAGAGGAGGAUGUGGUGAGCACCUUUGGCGUCACCGACUUCCCGUCGUGCUACCUGCUGUUUCGGAAUGGCUCUGUCACCAGGGUCCCCGUGCUUAUGGAAUCCCGGUCCUUCUACACUGCUUACCUGCAGAGGCUCUCUGGGGUCACUAGGGAGGCCACCCAAACCACAACAGCACCAACCACCGCUAACGAGAUCGCUCCCACUGUCUGGAAGGUUGCGGAUCACUCCAAGAUUUACAUGGCCGACCUGGAAUCCGCGCUGCACUACAUCCUGCGGGUGGAAGUGGGCAAGUUCUCGGUCUUGGAGGGGCAGCGCCUGGUGGCCCUGAAAAAGUUUGUGGCGGUCCUGGCCAAGUACUUCCCUGGCCAGCCCUUGGCCCGGAACUUCCUGCGCUCCACCAGCGAGUGGCUCUGGAGACAGCAGAGAAAUGAAAUCCCCUACAGCUCUUUCAAAACCGCCCUGGACAACAGAAAAGAGAACGCUGUUCUCAUCAAGAAGGUGAACUGGGUUGGCUGCCAGGGCAGUGAGCCCCAUUUCCGGGGCUUUCCCUGCUCUCUGUGGGUCCUCUUCCAUUUCCUGACCGUGCAGGCAACUCGUCAUCAUUUAUACCAUCCGCAAGAGACAGCCAAGCCCCAGGAGGCCCUCCAGGCCAUACGGGGCUACGUCCGGUACUUCUUUGGCUGUCGAGACUGCGCCCAGCACUUUGAGAAGAUGGCGGCCGCCUCCAUGCACCGGGUGGACAGCCUGGACGGUGCCGUGCUCUGGCUCUGGACUAGCCACAACAAGGUCAACGCACGCCUCGCAGGUGCCCCCAGUGAGGACCCCCAGUUCCCCAAGGUGCCCUGGCCCACCCGUGAACUCUGCACUGCCUGCCACAACGAGCUCCAGGGUGACCCCGUCUGGGACCUGGGUGCCACCCUCAGCUUCCUCAAGGCCCACUUCUCCCCUCGGAACAUGGUCUUGGGCCUUCCUCGAGCUGAGCCCGGCCUCAGGGCUGCCGGGGCGCGGAGGGCAGGCACCCCGGAGCUGGAGAUGGGAAAUGCAACUCUGGGUCCUCGUGAGGCGUCCAUCACCAUGGGCCCUGGCAUGGAGGCCCCCAGACUCACCGUUCUAGAUGUUCCAGAUGUUCCAGCUGAGCAGCCAGGGGCAGGGCUCGCGCAUGCACCGGGCCCUGACCUGGGUAUGAUCAGUGCUGCACCGGACCAGGGGCCCCCUGCGCCCACGGUGGAGCUCCCGGGGGAUGAGCCCGAAGAGCUCGAGGGGCAGCGGCACUUGAGCAAGCGGGACACGGGAGCCCUGCUGCUGCCUGACCUCCCGGCUGAGCUGGACCCGCCCAGGGGCCCUUCAGGGCUGAGGCACCACGUAGGCCGGCGCUCCAAACAGCUAGCCAGCAUCCCUGAUGGGGAGCCUGAGCCUAGAGGCGGGCGGGGCCGAGGCCAGUGGCUGCAGGUGCUGGAAGGGGGCUUCUCCCACCUGGACAUCAGCCUGUGUGUGGGGCUCUACUCCCUGUCCUUCCUGGGCCUGCUGGCCGUGUACAUCUACUUCCGGGCCAGAAUGAGGGCUCUGAAGGGCCGCACAGGCCACUCCGCAGCCUGACCCACAACCCGGGGGGUGGGGAGGCAGGACAGGGAGCCGCUCUCCAUGAGGCACUUCCAGCAGCAACCUCCCUCCCCCACCCCCACUCCCCUCUUUCCCAGCCCAGGAGAACAGGAGGUCCAGGGAAGCUACUUGCUCCAGUGACCCUCCUUGGGUCUUCUGGGAAGAGGGUGCUGACAUAGCUCCAGGGGCCAGAGCCACCUAAAAGCAGGGCUGGGGUGCAGCCUGGGGCAGCGGGUCCCAGGGGCUCAGACCCAGCCCCUGACCCAACAUCACUGUUUUUCAGCUUGUUUGCAGCCCUGCCCCACUCUUGCCUUGCGGAAACCUCAACAUCACCCGUUUGAUCUUGGCCCUAAACUGGGCAAGGGAGGCCAGUUUCCAAGGCUCUCCAUCCAGAGGGGGUCCCCUUGGUGGGGCGGGCAUUCCAGGGCUGUCUGCACCAGAGAGGAAGAGGAAGGCAGACCUCUGCCCUUCCUCCGCCCCUCAGACCUCCUGGGUGGGGUUUGGCUUCAGGUGGUUGCUGGAAGCCUCAACCCAGGUGCCGCAGGGAGAGGCUACCUGGUCUGAGGGUGGGUGGCAGUGGCUGGGCUGCAGGCGGUGGCUGGCAUGGUGGGGCUUGAUGGAGGAAGGCAGUGGGUGGCUUGGCUUUGGAGUGAGGUGAACUGGGAGGAAAGAAUGGUUGCUUUGAAAAUGCGUUGGCUUCUCCCUCCUGGGCUCCACCCCUCUCUUUUGGCUUCCAGAAUAGAUGCUGAUCUUUGAAUGCAAAGGGUGCUGGGCGGGGGUAGCAGGGGUGCUGUCCUCCACACCCCACUUCCCAGCAGGUGGAGGGAAACGCUAUGAACUCACGCCUUCCCCACUCUCCCCUCUGCUGGGGCGUGGGAAUAAAUUAUUUUUAGUAAAGCACA